AUGACGCACACGAAAAUGUACCUUUCCGAGGCAGCGCCUUCAAGACGUGCUCUCCGGAGCGCUCGGGUGCUCGCCCCCCUCCUGGCGUGUUCCCUCGCUCUGGGUGUCUUCAAGCAGCCAGAUUCUGUCGUCGCCGCGUCGUCUUCCUCGCUUCCCUCCCCUGUUGUAUACACCCCGGAAGACGAGGUUCCGCUCGAGGGAACAGCUAACGCGGCUUACCCGGCGUUCGGCUCUAUUGGGGACUCUGCGUCUCUCCUGUUCCGCAAUGAUGCAGAAAACGCUGAGGCACGCCCUGGGUACCUGAACGCCCACCUGGAGGAUGGCGAGGAGACUGAGCCUGCCAUGCACCAGAUGCCGCUCGGGCAUGCCAUCGAAGAGACGAACGUCGUCAACGCCCCGCGGGGCGACAGAUCCCCCGGAAAUGCCGCACCGGAAGAACUGCUUUACGCGACGGCAGACAGACAUAACCGCAGAUCGCGUGGCCCCCACCGGAUGGGAAGGAGAGAAGAAGGCCGAAGAAGGGCGUCCAUCCGCCGCAGGCAUAGUUCGCACGAAAGAUUCGCCACCAUCGCCAGCGUGGCCAUCCAGUCAGUCAUAGCCGCCGGUCUCCUUGCAGCCGGCGCGGCCUUCGUCUUGCGUCAACGGGCAGAGAUUCGCAAAGCAGCUGUGGCUACGGAGAAAGCCGCCUUGCUCAAGCUCAAGAGUGACCAGGCAGAGGAAGCGCGACUGAAGAAGGAGAAGAAGAAGCUGUCGGAAGCCAAGGCGGCUGCGCUCGCUGAGGCAGCUGAUGCUGCAGCUAAGAAAACACAGGAAAAACAGGUGCUUCGCGGCUCCAGCCUUCUCGACGCCUUCUCGAUGGGAGAUGUGGAGGCGGGCAAAAGCGACCAGGACAUCGAAGAAUCAGAACCCGAGAAUGUCGCUACGCAAUAG